AUGUGGAUUUUACAUGUACACCGGUUAGAAAUUUUGCGGGAAAGAUAAAAGAAAGUAAAAACAAAAAAAUAUCAACAUUUUAGACCUUUUUGAAAGUAAUGGUGCUUGAUAAAUCAUCCAGCCAUAUGAAACGUAAACUUACAGACCAUAGUAAAGGUCAACCAACUAAGAAGAAGAAGGGAUCAUCUUCUAAUGAAGAUUCAUAUACUAGCAGUUCCUUUUUCUCAGAGGCCUGCAAACAUGCUGGAUUACAUCUGAAAAAUGGCACCAUGUAUAAUAUGCUAGGAAUGGAUCAGGCUGUAUUCCAGAAAAAUCUGUUAAAAGAGUUGCGGGGUAAAAGUGGAAAUGGUGUUGAAGAGUUUAUUGAAGGCUUCCAGGAGUACAUUGAAGAACCUAAAAGAUUUCAUAGAAGUCUUCUGCCAACUAAAACAUCACCAGACUGUGAAAGUGCCCGAAGUGGAUUCCAAGAAAGUGUUGUAAAAAUUUUGAUGGGGGUUGAUACUAUACAGCCACCUUUGAUGACAGUGUUACUGGAAAAACUACCCGAGUUCACCGGAGAAGAGGAUUGUGUGAUAUUGGAGCAAGGUCAGAAAGUGAACAUUCCUCUUCUGCUUCUCUCUCAGUUUCAAUGGCUUGAUCACAUUGUUAACAGCAAGGAAGUGACGGAAAAGUUACUGGAGAUGGUGUCAAUAACCUGUGAAGAUGUUCAAAGGGAGAUAAUCUCGUGUCUGCCAGAUAUUGUACAAGACUCGGAACAUACCCAGGUUGCUAUGGCAUUGAGAGAUCUGAUGAAUGAGAAUCAACAGUUGACUGUUACAGUUCUAGAUGCCAUGUCUAACCUUAUACUGACACCUGUUCUACUGUCAGAGAUUCGUGACUCAGUGCUCCAGUCACUGAUAUCAGUAGAAUUGGAGGACCUACCAGUACUGGUCAAGUUUUUGUUGCAGUCAGUAACUAGUGCUGAUGCUCUACAGGUUGUUACAGAGUUGAGAGCAAAUUUAGAAUUUGACACGUCUACUGCUAAAAAAGGAAGUGGUAAAAAGAGAAAAGGGUCAAGUGGAGACGCUAGCUGCAGUGAGGAUGUGGAGACAAUUAUUCUAGAGACGGUAAAAUCUGCUGUACGAUUUCAGAGACAUGUCGGUGAUGCUCUUAUCAAAGCAAUAGAGUCAGUAAAACAGCCCAGUGAUCACAAAGUUAUAGACUUGUUUAUGUUACUCAUUCUUCAUGGUACACCGAGGAAAAAAGUUGUGGAGAGUUUGUUCAGAAAUAAGAUUAGAGCAGGAUGUUUUACGGAGGCAUAUAUCAAAUCUAUCUACAAUGUCCAUUCACAGGUACUAAAGGGGUAUUUCCAGUCAUUACUGAGUCUGUCAGAGGUUUUACUAAGAUCACCAGAAUUACCAGUCUCGUAUUUUGGAUCAGCUCUGUAUAAACAAACAUUCAUCACAUUGGAUGCCUACCAUCAACAGGAGAUAGUUGGUAAUCUUGUAGCACACAUUGGAAGUGGGUUUGAAAGUGAAAUAGAUGCCUCGCUAGAUAUUCUAGCUUACCUAGUGAAUCAUCAUCUGCCAAAGAUGGCACCUUUUGCUAUUCUUGUUAAGAGUGUACUGGACUAUCUAGAUAAUCUGUCAGUCUGUCAAAUUAGAAAACUGUACUUUAUGCUGAGUGCCCUGGCCUUUAAAAAUCCCCAAGAAGGGGGUCUAAUACAGGAUGAUUUACAUAUUGUAAUAAGAAAACAGCUUUCAAACAAUAAUCCAAAGUAUAAGAGAAUGGGGGUUAUAGGGGCAGUGAUGAUAGUGAGUUGUAUUGCUCAAACUAGCAAUACUGAGGAGAGCACAGAAAACUCGUGCACACAGGAAGAGCUGAGUGCUGACCUAUAUAAACAGGUGACGAGCCUACUGACCCUGGUACGAUCCAGUAGCAGUAAAUCCCCAGAAGCCUUUGCUCUCUUUAUGGAUGAACUGUCUACCAUCAUAGCUCAAGGAAAACUUCAGUCUAAAGUUGAGAAUUGGAUCAGUGAGAAUUUGACAGUGGAUUUCCAGGAAAACUUUGUUGUUGAUAUUGCAGAUGGUGUGCCUGAAGAGAGUGGUAAUAUACCAGUAGCAAGUGUACAUGGUUUAGAUGAUGAAAGUGAGGGAGGUAUUGCCAUAAACCUUCUACCACUGGUUGUACAGAAAUAUGCCUGUAAAACUGCUCUAACUGCAUAUACUGAAAGUGGAGUAACAGACCCCCUCUGUAUGUCACCUUCUGUACGACUAUUGAGAGUUUGUGAAGAACGGCAGCAUGGUACCCUGGAGAAUAUAGAUGCUUUACUAGGUUGUCCAGUAUAUUUGGCAAAGGAAGAUGUAUACGAGAAGUUUGAGCCUUUGUCUACGAGAGAGAAGGAAAUUAUCGUGUCUUCACUGUUUUAUUGUAUUAACUGGUUUAUAGAGAUGGUGAAUGGUUUUUCGAACCAGUCCGAUGCUGAGAUUAAAGGAAAAGUGAUCACGAGGCUCCACAAUAUAACCGAGUUACAGAAGAUACUUCUAUCUUGUUUACCAGAAACUCCCAACUUUAAGCCACCACUGGCUAAUUUUGACUUGGAUGAAGCAGUUACACCAGCUGUCAGUACCGGAACAACCUGGAAAAGUGAAACCAAGAAAAAAGCCAAGAAGGGAAGGAAAACUGUGGGUAAGAAAGCUGACAAGCCAUCUUCAGAUAGUGAUGACAAUAGUAGAGACAGUUCACAGUUAAAUAAUACAACAAUGAACAACACACAGGCAGCAACACAGGCAGCUGAUGGUGGAGGAGGAAAAGAUAGCAAACCAUCCGUCAGUCUAACAUCUUACAAACCAUUCUUCAGGGAAUUGGAUAUAUCUGUGUUCACCAUAUUAAAUACUGGAUCUAUUAAACAAGCCAUGCUUGACUCAGAUAUGAAUACAAAGGGUGUAAAUGAGUUGUCCCUAGAGAUGGCCCAGGUCAACUUUCUGGUAGAAGAUCUCUGCAGAAAACUGGAACAUUCACUCCUAGCAUCAGCUUCAAAAAGGAAGACUUUCUUCAAGGUCAAAGCUGAGAAGAAGGUUGGAUUCUCCAACUUGGAUCAGUUAACUCCCCUUGAAGUUGCAACAAAAGUAGUCAAGUUGUUACCUGCCCUUUGUAAUCAUCUUGAAGGAGCUAGUGGUUUCUUUCAGACAUUACUGGCAGACAAUGAUGGAAUGAUGGAUGGUCCAGGUAGUCACAGUCCUCAGGCACAGAUGUCUGCCAUGUGUUUUCAACAGUUAUUACAAGCUUUACUCUCUAUUUUCUCAUGGAAUGGAUUUCAGAUGGUAGAGAAUCGUGACUUACUGAAGGAAGCUCUUGGUGUACUUGUUCAAAGAAUUAAAACAGCAGGUCAUUCACAGAUGUCUCUAAAAGAUCUUGUCAAAACAGCUGUAAAGUAUAUAUCUAACUUUGCCAACACAGUACCUGAUAUUGGUACUGCAGUAAUGUUGCUCAAAGUUCUUACCUCCCUUUGUGAGAAAUCAGAAGACAGGCAACUUACAAGGAAACUUGUACCAAUAUCUGAAGAAUUUCUCAAGAGAGAAUGGAUAGGUCAUGAUGGACAGAGAGAAAAGGGCAGCAAAUUUAAUGAGCACCUACAGAUUAUUAUAAAGUCAUAUGUUGUACAUUCUGAAGAUCCUCUGAAAGCUGUUGAAGUUAUAGCAUCUAAAGCUAUACCAGAACUGUUGGAAACUGAUAAAAAUGGCUGCUCAGCAACAUAUCCAACUAUGAACAGAUCAUCGUACACAGUGUAUUAUCGUGUUUUGUACAGUGAACUUAUAGAAGCUGUGAAAGGUAUACCACCAGUCAAACAAUCAGAUCUGAUUGAUACAUGGAUUGACAGGCUAUUACAGUGGAAUGUAGGAGUAAGGAUAUUCCAUAUUCUAGUCAAUCUUGUCAAGACAUUUGAUGGAAGAGGAAACUUGGGAACAUGUAUAAAGUAUGGUAGAUUUUUUGUUGAAGCUUUCCUAAGACUUGGAAUGCCAUUGUUAGAUAUGAUGUUUAAAAGUCACAGACAGGAUAUAUUGGGACUGUUGAAAAACUUACAACAAAGUACACGAGCACUUCAUCACUUGUGUGGACAUUCUAAGAUUAUGAAAGAUUUAGCAUUGACGAAUAAUGUACCGAUGUUGAAGAGAUCCCUGGAAGUAUUUGUGUUCCGUGUUAAAGCUAUGUUGACAGUGAACAAAUGUCUAGAGGCAUUCUGGAUGGGAAAUCUCAAAAACAGAGAUCUACAGGGAGAGGAGAUUCUAUCUCAGACAAAUGUAACACAAGAUGGUGGUGACAGUGACGGGGAAACUUUACCAGACGACGAUGACCUCAGUGAUGUGGAACUUGAAAAUGAAGGAGAUGAAAGCAAUGAAGUAGGAGAUAAUGAUAUCACAGACCCUGAAGGUUCUUACAGUCAGGCUUAUUGAUAUGUAAUGAGACAGUGGGACAAAUAUGAGCCGCGCCAUGACAAAACCAACGUAAUGUGUUUGCGACCAGCAUGGAUCCAGACCAGCCUGC